GGACUGAGAAGGAUAAUAGAAAUGCUGAAGGCGUGUUGUUGUAGUCAGCCUGCACGGCCCUGUGGUAGGAGGACGGUCGCCAUCUCUGGAUAAACACUGUAACCGUAUCACGCAGUUGAUAUUGUUGUGUGUGGAUAGAAGCUGGAGCGUACAGUGGCGGCAGCAGAAGGCGGGGGCUAUGCUGCCUGCAACAGCCACAGCGGGCACGAACGGCUUCGAUGCAGGACUGACGCUUUGUUUGUCUCCUGCACAGCGGACUGUCACCUCAGAUUUUGGACCCACCGCGGCCGCUUCUUCUCACUGAUAUUUCGCUUUGCUCGUAAGCACCGGGGGAUGGGAACUGCAUGCUUCGAAUAAAAUGGGAUUUUUAACGUUGCAAACAGCGGACGCUCUGUAGCCUGCGCACAGCCAGGGGACUGUGGUGCGCUUGGUAAUGUUUGCCGAGGAAUAAAACGGUGUAGCCGAAGGUGCGUAACAUCUCGUUUCCAUGGACAACACGUCCAUAAUAACACAGGUUGCAAAUCCGAAAGAGGAGGAGAGCAUUUCUUCAAGUCAAGAUAAAGUCUCCCAGUCCAACAGCAGCCUAAAGAAGCACCGGAGCAGGAGCAUUUUCAGCCCCUUCUUUUGCUGCUUCCGCAACUACAAUGACUACCACGUGGAGCCACCACCUGCCAACAACAAGACACUUUCUCUGCCCCCACCCCCAGAAGAGAACGGCAGUCCUCCCAAGUGUGACCAGGUCCAGGUCAUCCCCAUACCCAGUCCUCCAGCCAAGUUUCUCCUACCAGAGGUCAGUAUAGCAGACUAUGGCAAGAACUGUGUGGUGAUCGACCUGGACGAAACCCUUGUACACAGCUCCUUCAAGCCCAUUAGCAAUGCGGACUUCAUCGUUCCAGUGGAGAUUGAUGGCACUGUUCAUCAGGUGUAUGUGCUAAAGCGGCCUCACGUGGACGAGUUCCUCCAGAAGAUGGGGGAAAUGUUUGAAUGCGUCCUCUUUACAGCAAGCUUAGCCAAGUAUGCUGACCCCGUGGCGGACCUGCUGGACCAAUGGGGGGUGUUUCGCGCCCGUCUCUUCAGGGAAUCCUGUGUUUUCCACAGAGGAAACUACGUCAAAGACCUCAGCCGGCUGGGCCGAGAGCUCAGUAAAGUCAUCAUCAUAGACAACUCACCUGCCUCUUACAUCUUCCACCCUGAGAAUGCAGUCCCAGUGCAGUCUUGGUUUGAUGACAUGACAGACACAGAGCUUCUGGACCUCGUUCCCUUGUUUGAGGGUCUCAGUAAAGAGGAGGACGUUUACAGUCUGUUACAGAGCCUGAGGAACAGGUAGCAGACGGCCACUCCAGCUGAUCCUUCCUGCCUAAGCCCUGCUGAACAGAAGCCUCCCUCUCUCUGCCACGGCCCCGCAGCCCGACUCCAGUCCUCUGAAGCGCUCUGGGAAGUUCCCAGUUGGAGGAUUUCAGGCAAAUGAUCUAGUCGUAAUAAAACAACAGUAUGGAUUCUUGGACUCUUGUACAGGACUCUUACUGGGAAAAAAAAAAGAUUCUAUUACUGUUUGUAAAUAUUAAAUGUUUUUAAGAGCAAGACAAACAUAAAGUAAAUUUUCUAUCAGAGAGAGGAGGUUUUAUUAUUCCGAGUAUUUUAGUUACCAAAAAACAAUCAAAUACACAGAACAAAGUUUUUUGAUUUUAUUAUUAUUAUAAUUUUUUUUUUUUUUUUUGGGUGGGGGGUGAUUUGUUUAGUUUUUCUAAGAAUGGGUGACCUUUUGAGUUCUUGUGUCGAGCAGCACUAUGCAGGCUGCCGUUCCUCGUUUGACUUUUUUGUUCGAACAACUGUGAUUUAUCUUCUCUUACAGAAUGAAGUGCCUUCAUUACUGUGCUGAUUUUCUUGUGUCGGGUUAUGGGGGGUGCGCAUUUCUAUGCUGCAUAUUUAGUCCAAUCUCCGAAAGCGUGUUCACCGAAUCUUUAAACUGAAAUUGAAAAUGAAUUUUUGAUAACUGUCAUUUAAUCUGAGAGAACUGAAAUGAACUUAGAAAUAAUUUAAAAAAGAAAGUAGCUUGUUAGACCUGGAUGACUUUUGAGUUUCAGUUAUGUAGCAUUGAAUUGUUAAAUUUACCAAAGAUUUUUACAAUUCAAUGUGAUUUGUGACUAAAUGACAUCAUUUGAUCCUUGGCAGUGACUGUAAAUUGAUGACACAGAAAACCUGCUUGAUAACUGAAAAAUAAAAGUAAUAUCUGUGAUGACAUCACUGUCCAACAAUAAAUGUUUGAAGAAAAAAUAGAAAGAUUAGCUUAGAUAUAUAAAAUUCUAUUUAUUGGGGAAAAGGUUCGUGCGUGCAUUGUAAAGGAUGCUGUUGAAAUCGUACUGUACAACGUUAUUAAAGCUGCAAGU